GGCCAGCCGCCGAAUCCGACGUGGCGCGGCGGCGAGUCCGGGACUUGCUCGCGGCCCAUCUCCCGCCCGGCCCCGAUGACACUCCGGAGCCCUUUGCUGCUGCUGCUGCUUUGUGCGGCACUCGCGGCCUCCACCACCACCUUCCGGCCCGACUGGACCCGUCUGCACGGUCUGGCCCGAGCCCGGGUAGAGACCUGUGGGGGAUGACAGCUGAAUCGCCUGAAGGAGGUCAAGCUCUUUGUCACUGAGGACAUCCCAUUGUACCACAACCUGGUAAUGAAACACCUUCCGGGGGCCGACCCAGAGCUGGUGCUUCUGGGCCAUCACCACGAAGAGCUGGAGCGAAUCCCACUCAGCGACAUGACCCGUGACGAGAUCAAUGCGCUGCUACAGGAGCUCGGCUUCUACCGCAAGGAGGCCCCCGAUGCGCCCGUGCCCCCAGAAUUCUUGCAGGCUCCUGCUAAGUCCACUGAAGGCACCCCGGACCGAUCUUCUGAGUUGUAGUCUCCGGGGUGUGGAAUCCCCUCUGCCCACCCCCUGCCGAGUCCUGGGGACAGAAUGAAGCGCUCAGUGUCCCGGGAGCACUCCCUCGCUGAGGGUCGACACCCCGUCUCCAAGCCAGCAGGGAUAGAGUUUGGGGAUUCCUCAUUCCUCUCCACAUCUUUUUUCCCCCUCUUCGGUUCCAUUAAAUCUUAUUCCUUUCAUUCUAA